UUAGGUAGUACACAUUGGGAAACAGUGGCAAACAGACGUGGUUAAAAAUAUGCCACAAUAAAAUUUUAACUGAACUUUUUCCGCGAUUGGCGUACAAAUCAAAUAUAGGGUGCUCUUAUUUCAAUGUAAACGAGAAUAAAUUGAAAUAUAAAAUCCGUAUCUAUAUUUUUGUAAAAAAAAUAUUUUUAAAUAUAAUCUAUAGCGAAAGUUAAAAAAAUAAAAUACCUAUCCGUCGUUUAUAUCAAACUUUACAAACUGAAUCCAAAUAUGCUUUGAAAAUCAAUUUUUUACCAGGCAAACGUGAUCUGAUAAAACUAUAUUAAAAAAAGGUUUUAUUUUUAAAAUCCUUUUUAUAGUACAAAACAAUAUGUCUCGCCUAAGUGACAAUAGUUCUUCGGAUCGGAGUUUGGAGAGGCUAAAUGAAGUAAGGGCUUUCAUCGAUGCUAGUAAGAAGAACAAUGAUAAGAUAGAUGAUCACCACGUGGACGUUGAAAGAAGCCAUGCGAAAUUGAACGAACUCGUCUUUGAAGAUGCUUUUGAAAUAACAGGUCACGGCAAGUUCAACCACCUAGUCCUACUGACCUGCGGGCUGAUAAUGCUCAACGUUUCCAUGGAAUCAGUGGGCAUGAGCUAUGUGAUCACCGCCGCUGAGUGUGAGCUGAAACUCACGAGCGAGCACAAGGGGCUGGUCAAUGCUGCUGCAUUUAUAGGUAUCAUAAGCACGUCCUUCCUCUGGGGCUACCUGGGCGACAGGUUCGGUCGGCGCGCGGUGAUGCUGCCGGCCAUGGUGGCUUCUGCAGGCUUCUCCUUGGCUUCAGCCUUCUCCACUAACGUCUGGAUGCUACUGAUUCUUAGAUUCUUCACUGGUUGUCUUGUAUCAGCGUCAAGUGCGACGGUAUACGCCUACCUGGGUGAGAUGCACACGGGCUCGAGACGCGCUGCCGCUAUCGCUUGGGGAUCAGCAUUUAUCUCCUUCUCUUUUAUGAUAUUACCAGGUCUAGCCUGGGUAAUAAUACCAGGCACCUGGUCGUUUCCGCUGUUCGGAUUCAAAAUGGUACCGUGGAGGGUGUUCAUUUGGUCGUGGUGCGCACCUGGAUUGGUGGCCGCGUCCGCGUUGCUAUGGUUACCGGAGAGUCCCAGAUACCUGCUGUCCUCGAGUGGACCGGAGAAAGCCUUGCCUGUACUGGCUAAGAUGUAUGCGUACAACCACAACACUAGGGAGGCGAAUUAUCCUGUAGAAAGGAUAGUAACUGGCAACAUAGAAACCUCGAAGUCCGGGGGCUUUGUGGGUGCUGUGAAGAACAUAACGCUGCUAUUCAGACCGCCUUUGCUGCGAUGCGUAUGCAUUUCACAUACGCUGAUGUUUGCUGUAUUUAUGCUGUCGAGUGGUCUGUACGUGUGGGUGCCCGACAUCCUGAACAGCAUGCUGCGCAGCACCAGCGAGGACAGCAUCACCAUCUGCCAGAUCAUCCACGACAAGUUCGACAGGGCUAGGAACUUGAGCUUGGCAGCGCCAGAGCACGCGUGCCACUCCGAGGUGGCAGUGCGGGUAUUCCCCAUCUCAAUGGGCAUGGGAGCAGUGUUCGCAGUCACCUACCUGGCCAUCGGCGUGUUCAUUGGCAGGAUUGGCAGGAAGACGCUCUAUUCUAGCAUAAUGGUGGUGUGUGGUAUGGCGACCGUCGGAGCAGCGUUUGUACCACAAGGAGGCGCCGCCACUGCACUGCUCAUCCUGGCGCUCUGCUCAGGAUGUGCUGCGUCUAUCCUCGCUGCGAUUGCUGUAGACGUCUUUCCUACUUGCCUUAGAGCGAUGGCGAUGUGCGUGAUGUACAUGGUGGGGCGGGCGGGUGCGGCGGUGGGCGCCAACUUGCUGGGCAACACUCUCGACGUGCACUGCCAGCUCGCAUUCUCUGUCUUUGGCGCUUUUACAGCAGGAUCAACCAUCCUCAUUAUAUUUUGGCCGAAACCAGAAGAAAUAAGAGAGGAGAUGGAGCAGCGAGGCCUAACGUACUGAUUUAAUGAAGCAUGAUAGAAGAAAGCAAUCUCAAAAAUCUAUUCUAUUACUAAGGGCCAACCAACCAUACCAUACUAUCAUAAUAAUAUAAGGGUACAAUACUUACGAAGGUUUUUAUUAAGGGUUGAGAAUAUUUUCUUUCCUUUCAAACGCUUUGGAAAAAAGGAUUCUAUAUUUUAUAACAUAAUGUAGGUAUUCUACCUAGGUAGGUACCUGUACUUAUUUAUUGAUUUGUAUCAGACUUCUUAAUGGAAAAAAAGUAUUUUAGAAUAAAUGGGUCACACAAUAUUUUUUUUUGUAUUAAGACUUAUUCAAUAUUUUUUGGUUGGCUCUUAAAAAUUAUAAAUUUUCGUAUUAUAAGACUGAUUAAGUUUACACAAGUGCGUUAUCUUUAUACCUAUUGUGAAUUUGUCGUUAUAAGAAUAUAUUGAUAUUUCAAUAAAUAUAAUUAAUUAUUAUUAAAAAGCAAUACUUAAUUU